AUGGGAGAAACAGAAGGCAGCCAAAACGAGAGCGGCCAGGCACUGAGUGGUAACGCCUCCGAGUUUGCCCCGUCGGGGACAGACGGUCGCCUCCAUCUCCUCCUCGUGGCCACAGGCUCCGUCGCUGCGAUCAAGAUUCCCAAUAUCAUCCAGGCUCUCGCCCCCCACACCCAUAGACUCUCAAUAAGACUCAUCCUGACGACUAAUGCCAAACAUUUCUUGGGGGGGCAAGCCAAGGAGCAGCCACACUAUACCUCCCUGGUCUCUUACCCGGGAGUGGAAGCCAUCUACGACGAUGCUUCGGAAUGGGGGCCAGAACCGUGGCGUCGCGGGGGUCCAGUCCUACACAUCGAGCUUCGGCGAUGGGCCGAUAUAAUGGUGAUUGCGCCCCUGUCCGCGAACAGCCUGGCCAAGCUUGUCAACGGGAUGAGUGAUAAUCUCGCACUUUCAGUGUGCCGCGCAUGGGAUACGGAUGGUCAGGUUGAUGGGCAGCGGAAACGUAUACUGGUUGCUCCUGCUAUGAACACCGCGAUGUGGCGUCAUCCUGUCACGGAGCGCCAUAUAAAAGUGUUGGAGGAAGACUGGGGAGUCAGGACGAACGAAGAAACGGGGGAGGAGACGGGCUGGAUCGAGGUCUUGCAACCGCAGGCGACCAAGAAGUUGGCAUGCGGUGAUCUGGGAAGCGGCGCCAUGAUGGAGUGGACAGAAAUCGUGAAGAUCAUCGAGGCCAGGUUAGGAUUGAGAAGGAGUCAGGGCACAGAGGGAUGA